AGUUUUCAAGAAACCCUUAAAAUCCUCUCUCUGUCUGUCUCUGUCUCUGUCUUGUUUGUUUUCUUGUUUCCUUCUCUCCUCUUUCUUUGUCUCCUUCUGAAUCUGCACUCUCAGGUGUUUCCAAGUUCUUAUCCUUGACUUCCAAAAAAUACUUUCUCUUUUGUGUUUAGUUUUGGAUUCUUAGAGCUCUUUCUUGGUGGGUGUUUUUAUUGUGGUCUCUAAAAUGAUUACUGAGCUUGAGAUGGGGAAAGCUGAGAGUGAGCUAGAACUGGGUCUAGGACUCAGUCUUGGUGGUGGAACAGUGGGCAAGAUUGUUAAAACAGGUGGUGGUGGUGGUGGCGCGUGGGGAGAGCGUGGGAGGCUUUUGACUGCAAAAGAUUUUCCUUCAGUUGGCUCUAAACGAGCUGCUGACUCUGCUUCUCAUGCAGGUUCAUCUCCUCCUCGUUCAAGUCAAGUUGUGGGAUGGCCACCUAUCGGAUCUCAUAGGAUGAACAGUUUGGUUAAUAACCAAGCCACAAAGUCAGCUAGAGAAGAAGAAGAAGCUAAUAAAAAGAAAGUGAAAGAUGAUGAGACUAAAAACGUUACAAAGAAUGUGAAUGAAAAAUUUCAAGUUGGGUUUAUCAAGGUGAACAUGGAUGGAGUUGCUAUAGGAAGAAAAGUUGAUUUGGAUGCUCAUUCUUCUUACGAGAAUUUGGCGCAAACACUUGAAGAUAUGUUCUUUCGCAGUAGCCCGUGUACUAUUGGGUUAACGGGUCAGUUCAACAAACCUUUGAGGCUUUUAGAUGGAUCAUCUGAGUUUGUACUUACUUAUGAAGAUAAGGAAGGAGAUUGGAUGCUUGUUGGUGAUGUCCCAUGGAGAAUGUUCAUCACCUCGGUGAAAAGGCUUCGGGUGAUGAAAACCUCUGAAGCUAAUGGACUUGGUAUCUAG